GUACACAAUGCUGUGUUUUUAGGUUAAUCGUCCAAGGAUAUUACAGUUACUUUCAAUGGUUAAUGAAUAGCUUCUAAGUGCCUGCUUCAUUUAAUUGUCCAAAGGCCAGUUGGUCCCAGAGGUAUAAAGCUGCGAGCUGGCUAAUGAGAGCAUUCUCUCUGAGCAAGGGGAGCAGGGGAGUGGAAAGGUUGGGGAGCUGGCUUCCAAAGAAGCAGGGAUGUGUAACAGAUCCAGUCUAGUUCUCUGUGCCUUUGCCCUCCUGAUGGGCUUCCUGAUGAUCUGCCUGGGAGCCUACUUCAUUUCCACAGGCUCCAUGUUCAGCUGCCAAGGGAACCUGAUUCUGGCCUAUGUGCUUCUGCCUCUGGGGUUUGUGAUCCUUCUGAGUGGAAUUUUCUGGAGCACCUACCGCCAGGCCAGUGAAAGCAAAGGGGUGUUCGGCCGGGUGCUCAGACAGCACCGUGCUCAGGGGGCCGUGCCCUUGGCCACAGUGGACAGGCCAGAUUUUUACCCUCCUGCUUAUGAAGAGAGGCUUGAUGCUGAAAAGCAAGCCUGUCCUGCAGAACCAGAGGCCCGUGUUCCUCCACCUCCAUAUUCAGAGACAGGCCUCAUAUAUGAAGAUGAAGAUGAUGCCCACCCCGAAGCCCCACCAUCCUACAAUGAGUCAGUAGCAGACAGCGUGGUGGAAGCAAUACCAUCGCAGAGGCAAAGCCAAGAGUGCUGAAGCAGGAGAACUUCUACAUCCCUCAGGAUAUACUCUCGUGGGAUGCAGCUGCUAAUAAUAAAUGCAGGCAGGGAUGGUGGUAGGAAAAGCCACAUCAGUGACCCCACAUGAGAGCCCACAGAGGGGAUGCUGUGUGUGACAACAAUGCAAUUCCACACAGGUGCUUGGCCUGCGAGGGCAGAGUGCGGCCUGGAAGGAUGUGGUCAACACCAAGGAACAUUUGCAAGGAUUUGAACUAAUCCCAACCCAGGUCAGCUUUUGGAUUGCAAAAGUGUUGUGAGAGCUCUACUCCACAGAGAGACUUUCUACUCCCCCGUCGACUCCUCUCCCAUCACCUCGGUCCCCAGCAGAGGGGGAAAGAUGCUGCUUAUGGGGACACCACACACCUUCAUGUGCUGCAUUACCUAAUAAUCACAAAGGGAAAGUAUGCUGGAAAUGAAGGGUCAUUACCAUUUAAACUGUGGGUUCUGCUGGCUGGUUGCAUAGUUACCCUCCUUGACCGUGUUACCAGAGUGACAUAGUAAUUCACACUGUAAGAGAUUUGCCCCUGGAACCCAUGAUCACAUGAUUUUAAGUAUGUGUAUUUUAUUUCUAUGUGGAAGCAAAGUGACUUCAAUAUGUGCUUUCAAAAUGGUUCAAGCACAAAAUUUUAAAUGAGUAUUUUAAGGAUGGGAUGGUUGUAUGAACAUAUAUGACAAGCUUUCUUGGAGACUCCAGUUGAAUAAAGAGCAUACUUAAAAAUUCAUACUACACAGAAUGCAGGAAGAAAAGAAUUUGUACUAGCCAUAGGUUGUAUUAAUAUAGAAUUUGACAUAAGCCUCGCAAAAUUUUAAAGUACACAUAUAUUACAAUGUAAUUAUAAAUUUCUAGAAUUUGAAGAAAAAGAUUGUGAGAUUAUAUGGUAGUAUUCUGAUCAUUAACAGAAAAUUCUUUGUUUUCUAAGAUAUAAAGUCAGGUAUUUUAGAUUCAGGGCAUUUAUUUUAAAGCCCAAUGAUGCCUCUUCGGCUUUAUUAUAUUUUUCAUGUUUUUUGGGUUUUUUUUUUUUUUUUUUUUUUUUUGCCUUUCAGGACCAC